AAGCCCGCGACUGCUGUGAACGUACGACACAUCUUAUGCGAGAAGCAUUCCAAGGCUACGGAGGCAUUGGAGAAGAUCCAGAACGGGGAACGCUUUGACAAGGUAGCGCAGGAAUAUUCUGAGGAUAAAGCGAAAGCCGGUGGCAGUCUUGGAUGGAUGACACGCGGGUCAAUGGUGGGUCCGUUCCAAGAUGCAGCCUUUGCUCUGCAGCCGUCGACGGUGGACAAACCAAUAUUGUCACCUUUGACGAAGACUUCGUUCGGAUAUCAUAUUAUCAUGGUAGAAGGGCGUCGUUAG